UGACCUUAACUUUAAAAAUAUCACAAGUUAAAUGGUUUCUGUAUCCUAUAUUUCAUUUAUUCAAACAUCCUAGCUUCUGCAUUCUGCAUCUCCCUUUUGAAUUCACACACCAAAUGAAGUUUAAUGAGCCCAACCUUUACACACUUGUGUAUCUACAAGUGUUUCUUUUCUACUCUGUUAACUUAGCAUGCCUGCAAGUCAAUGCUUCAUCAGGAAAAGAUACUCAACAACUUGCUCUCCUCAAAUUCAAAUAAGGGAUAACUAGUGAUCCACAUGGUAUCUUCAACUCUUGGAAUGAUUCUCUCCAUUUCUGCAACUGAACUGGAAUCACAUGUGGGCGCUGCCAUCAAAGAGUCACCUCCUUGGUCUUAGAAGAGCAGAAUCUGUUUGGAUCUAUAUCACCUCAUAUUGGCAACCUCAAUUUUCUCAAGUUGAUCAACCUCCAAAACAACACCUUCAUCAGUGAAAUUCCACAGCAAGUUGGCAACUUAUUUCGACUGCAAAAAUUUCUUCUCAGAAAUAAUUCAUUGCAAGGGAAUAGCAAGCUUUGCGGUGGUGUCACAGAACUUGGUUUGCCAAAAUGCAGAGUCACAAAGAAAGUGAACUUGGUAGUUGUAGUUGCUUGCGUGGUUCCAUCUGUUCUUUUGAUUCUGAUCUUUUUUUCUUAUUCGCUGGAUGAGAAAAUCAUGAAGCAAGCCUUCUUUUGCACCCUUAGGAAUGAAACACCUUCUAAAGCUAUCUUAUGAUGACCUUUAUCAAGCAAUGGAUGGAUUCUCUUCUAGCAAUUUAGUUGGUUCAGGCAGCUUUAGCCCUGUGUGUAAAGGAUUUCUACCUCAAGUCCAAAGACCAGUAGCUGUUAAGGUCCUCAACCUUGAGCAAAUAGGUGCCAUUAUGAGCUUCUUGGCUGAAUGCAAUGCUCUGGGGAAUAUAAGGUAUAGAAAUCUUGCUAAACUCGUAACAUUUUGCUCCAGCUUAGAUUACAAAACUAAUGCAUUCAAAGCUUUAAUUUUUGAAUAUAUGGGCAAUGGAAGCUUAGAAAAGUGGCUGCAUCCAUGUGAAGAAGGUGAAAACUGGAAAAGAAGCUUGAAACUUCUUCAAAGACUUGAUAUCGCCAUUGAUGUAGCAUCAGCAUUACAUUACCUACAUGACCUCUGUGGAAAGCCUAUCAUUCAUUGUGACCUGAAGCCCAGCAUUGUUCUUCUUGAUGAUGACAUGAUUGCUUAUGUAAGCAAUUUUGGUCUAGCAAAACUCUUCACAAUCAACAGUGAUCCAUCUCUAAGUCAAACCAGCACAAUUGGAGUCAAAGGAACCAUUAGUUAUGUCGCUCCAGGGUUUUGGUGAAGUCCCAGAACAUAAAAGUGUGGAAGGAAACUUGGAAAGGUCGAAGGAUUGAGAAACAUUAUUGAUACAAAGUACACGGGUCGUGUAAGCACAACCACAGACCCGUGUAACAUUCUGCUAGAAGAAAUCCAGAGAACUGAGGAAGAAACAAAGUACACGAGCCAUGUAACUUGACCCAUGUAAAUCCUGGAGACCCAUGUAACCUUCUGUGCCAAUGCAAGACAUACCCAUUCAGCUCUAGUAAGUUACACGGGCCUGGGCCAUGUAGUGAUACACGGGUUGUGUAUCCGUCGACAAUCAGUUUCUUAAUUUUACUCCAGUUGCAGUUUUUUACAGAGACUCUAAAAACCUAACCCUAGACCAUUUAUUAUAAAUAGAAAAGAUAGCAGCCGACACAAGGGACCAUUGAGCAGCCUCUCGAAAAGAGAGAAUUAGACUUUCGUUCUCUAUUCACAUUAUAGAUUUCUUCAAUUUUCUUCUUUAAUAUUUCUGUAAGCUAUGAACAUGAGUGGCUAAGUUUUUAAUUUAGUUCAAGGGAUUCAAGCUCUUUUGCUUGAUUUGUGA